AUGACCAAAUAUGAUAGGGAUCUUUUUUUUUUUUUUUUACACCUAAUUGAUCGUGAAUCGAAGUUAGUUUUUGUGUUGUAUUUGUUGCAGGCACUAGCGUUGCCGUCGCAGAGACGCAACUUGUUGCAAGAGCUAUUCGCCGACAUAGCUUUGAAGGUCGAUGACCGAGCUAGAGAUAUAAUUCUCAGCAGGGAAGAUCUAAUUUCCCCAUCCGAGGAUGGGACUGAGGGCCCGUUAUGUUUUUACUAUGUGCUUGCUGAUUAUUUUGUGUGUGAGCCUGAGAAUGGAAAUCCAAUUAUUGAUUUGAUAGUCCAACUCUGGAGCCAAUCAUUUGUGUCUCAUAUUUUCUCACUUCUGUUCCACAAAUGGUUGUUUGAAGUUCAACUUGAUAAUUCUGAAGUCCUCCUCCGUUAUUCUUCAGCUCUUGUUCAAGGUGCUACAAAUGUCUUUUGGAUCGACAUCCAAACAAACACAAGACAUUUCCAAUCUCUCUUCUGGUAUCUUCUGGAGGAGGUUGCAUUGGUGCCCGAGCGAUUAAAGAAAAUCCCGUUGCAGGCCCAACGAGAUCUAUUUCUUCUAAUAUCAAGGUUCAUAUUCUUUUACAGCUUAGCUGACAAGCUUGAAAGCUUCUUGAAGCAAUUUCCUGAUUUUCCAACUGCUUUCUUUGUUGGUGGUCCAGCAGAUAUUUUUGUUAUUGAACUCACUGAUCAGCUUCAGAAAUUGAAGGUGGAGCCAGUACUGUUACAUUACCUUUCUCAGAUUAAAAAUCUCCAGGGUCUGGAACUGAGAAUGAUGACAAGUACAAGAUUGAAAACUUGCUUGUAUAGCUUCACUUCUCCCGGUGGUCCAAUGUAUCCAACAAGAGUUGUUCGUCAUGCAGCCUGGGAUGCAUUGGAUUUCCUUUUUCCUGUUGGACAAUACCCUCGGCAUCUGAUAAGUUUGUUUUUCCGGUUGCUAUAUCCAUGGUACUGGCCCUCCUCUUGUUGGAACUUCAUGAUGUCUUGCAUACAAGCCAUAUUGUAUUCUAUUUUCAGUGUUAUCUUUUCUGUUUGGGAGAAGUUGAUAAAACCUAAGAAGUCCUAAUAUGUACAUUCCUGAAUUUGCAUGUCCAAACUUUUAUGUAAAGUUUAAAGCUGAAAUUGUGUGAAGAUUUGCAUACAUUUGUCUAGUGUAUGCUUCUAUAGGACAAUGCUUUUUGCUCUUGUUUUGCUUAUUGAUACGUGGAUCGUUCUCUUAUUA